AUGGAAAUCGAGAGGCCGCCGCAGCCGCCGCCUGUCGCCGCUGCUGUGGCUGCGGCGGCAGCCAUUUCCAUGGUGCUCGGCGACGACGACCUCCUGCGCGAGAUCCUCGUACGCCUCGGCCUCCCCACCAGCCUCCUCCGUGCCGCUCUCGUCUGCCGGCGCUGGCUCCGCCACGCCUCCGACCCGGCCUUUCUCCGCCGAUUCCGUGACCUCCACCCGCCCCGUCUCCUCGGCGCCUACCUCUCCACCUCGGCGGGCCCCGCCCCGCGCCUGCGGUUCCUCCCGAUCCGUCCGGUCCCGGAGCUCGCCGCUGCCGCCCGCCGCGCCGGCUCCUUCUUCGACGCCUUCAAGGGAUCCUCGGCUGCCGUCUACGAUAGCCGCGGUGGCCGCCUCCUCGUCACCACCUUCGACGACCGCCACGACUCCACGCACCAGGUCUGCCGCCCGCUGUCCCCGGGCGGGGACACCACCGUGGUUCCGCCACCCCCGCCACCGCCGCCGAUCCAGCUCAACAACGACGAGGAGUGCCUCAUCUACCACUACGGUGAGUUCCUUCGCGACGAUGGCGACGGCCGCUCCUACUUCUGCGUGGUGAUGGGGUUUAGCGAGCUGCAGACCACCGUGUACUUGUACGAGUUGCACGACAUCAACUGGGUUGUCAAAGCCUCGGCAGCCGCGCAGCUCGCUUUAUUGCCACCCAAAUCAAGGGUUAUGCUCUUCGAUAGCGCCAACUUCUAUAUGUUGUCCACAACCAACAGGAUCCUUGUGUGUGAUUUUCCAUCCUCAAGUAUCUCAGUCAUGGAGCUCCCCAAUGGGGUGGAGAACAAGCCCGGUGGUUGCAUCAUGCUUUCCAGGGGAGGUAGUUCUGGAAUCUUUCUGAUCUAUGUUAAAGAGUCUCAGCUUCUCAUCUUCCACCACAGGAUGGGCGCCAAUGAUCCAGGCAGCUGGUCCCUAGUGGAUUCUGUUUCUUUGCGUCAGGUGUGCGCUAAUCUGGAUACGGCAAGGUGGCCAUCUGUGGAUGGACCUAGUGCUGGUGUUAAAUUAUGUGCUGUUGGGGACAACGCGGAGUUUGUGCUCUUGGAGAUAUUUGGUACUAUUGUAUUCUUGGAUAUUACAAGCAGGCAAGCAGAGAAGGUGUAUGAGCUGACACCAGAGGAUAAAGAGUUGGUCAGUGUCCGUCCCCUGAUGUUGAUAUGGCCUCCUGUUUUCCCUCAGUUGAAGGAUGCAUAUUAUGACCAAAAGGAGCGAUGCGAGGCUCAAAGUACAGCUUGA